AUGCAUUUCAUGUCUACUAUUACGUUCUUUACCUCGGCCGCCGCUGCCUUCGGCUUAAAAGGCUGGAGAAAGCCUAAUAUCGACUCUCUCAAAAUCUCUGAAGCUCAGGAAGUCUGCGGACCGGACACAUCUGUCCGAUGUUGCAACAAGGGCAAUAAUCCAAACAACAAUAACAACAACAACAACAACAACAACGGCGGAUUGUUCGGUCUUACCUUUGCCAAUGACUUGAACCUAUUCAACAGUUGCAUCGAUCUGAGUUUGGAUAUUGUUGGAAUUCUUGAUGGCACCCUUGGAAGGAAGUGCAGUGGGAAUGUUGUCUGCUGCCGGAACUUCCCCUUUGCUGAUAUUACGGGCCCCAUCAACGACGGCCGACCCUGUAUCGCUUUAAGCAACCUCCUUUAG